ACAACCCUACCUUCCCUCCCAAAGUCUUUCUCUCUCUUUCGGACAAAAGAUGGUAACCCUAGAAGCAGAAGACGUACAUUCCGAUGAUCAUCGGUGGGCGCAGAAAGCCAAACACUCAAUCCCUGAAGAAAUAAUCGAAGAGAUCCUCUCUAUACUCCCCGUCAAAUCCAUCCUUCGAUUCAAAUCCGUCUGUAAACCAUGGCUCUCCCUCAUCUCCAACUCAUCAUUCACCAAACUCUACUCCGCCGCUGGCCACCGUACUACCGCCUUAUUCUUCUCCGCUUUCGAUGCAUCCACCAACACACGUUACUUCUUCUCCGGCGCUCGUGACGGCGGAUCAGUGGUUAAUCUCAUCAAACUCACCACUCCUCAUCUCGUCAGCCUAUCCGAACAUUUGAACGGGCUGGUAUGUUUUACUACCCGAUAUAUUGCUUUUAGUGAAAUUUACGCAUACGUUUUUAACCCCAGCACUCAUAAGUUUUUCAAACUCCCUCAUCGGGUUUCUUUCCGGAAUUACGGUUAUGAAAAGAAUGAUAUGUUUUACUUGUUUGGGUUUGAUGAAUCAAGUAAUGACCACAAGGUUUUGUUCAUUGAUUUUGGAUUAACUAAAAUUAAACCUACUACAAUAGAGGUAAUGAUUUUUUCCAUGGCAACUUACUCAUGGAGAAAGAUCAAUGUGGAUCUUCCUCCUGGUAUGAGUGACAUUCGUUGGUGCUCUGCCACCGGAGCUAGUGUUUGUGUCAAUAGCACAAUACAUAUGAUGCUUCAAUGUCCACUCCAAAUUUUGGCAUUCGAUUUGAGAAAAGAGGAGUUUUCAAUUGUUAACGUUCCUCAUGAUGCAAUGGUCCAAACUAUGUAUGUCAUGAUACCUCACGCACGGUUUAUAAAAAUCAAUGGCUUAUUAGGCGUCGCUAGUAUUGAUUUCAUGGAGGGAUUAUACGAAGUGGACAUUUGGAUGCUGCAAGCCUAUGAAAAUCAAGUUUGGGUCAGAGAAACCAUUACGGUCCCCCUCUGCAAGUCUCAUGGCCAUUAUCCGUGUGAUUCUAUUAAUAUGGACGAGAUUAUCUUUACCCCAAAGUUGUUGUAUGAGAAUUUGAUGAAUGUGACCAUCUAUAACAUGAAGACUAAAUGUUUUAACUCAGUUCAACUCACUCUUGGUCAUCGAUUUCUAUGCCCAAAUUCGUUGACUGUGGAGCGAAUCAAUUGUUAUGUUGAAAGCCUCAUUCCCUUACAGAACUAGCAUGCUGCAAUUCAGGUUUACAUUUUGUUAAUGCACGUUCUUAUAAAGUUUCUAUUGACACUGCAAUUAUGUUAAAUAGUAUUUUGAAUCUUGUAUCCCUAAA